AUGGCUUCCUUCUUUGUCGCUCGGCGAGAAGACCCCCAGCGGCCAAAGAGGUUGAAUCCGCAGAUCAUUGGAGGCAGCGACUCCAGGCCAGGAGACUGGCCCUGGCAGGUCAGCGUGCAGAAGGACAAGACACACAUCUGUGGAGGAUCCAUACUGGACAGUUGGUGGGUGUUAACCGCAGCACACUGCGUCAGGAAACUGAGAGCCCUUCCAAGUGUCCGGAUUGCUGUCGAUUCCCGGAUGGUCCCGGAUGCGUUAGCUUGUACUGGACUGACAGUACCUACGCAAUGGGGGAGAGAGCACAAGGUGGCAGAAGUCAGGGUUCACCCUGACUUCAACCUUUCCACCUUCGAGGCAGACGCGGCCCUGCUCCAGGUGAAGCCUCGCAUCAAGUUCAGUCAGAGCCAGGACCCAGUGCUGCUGCCUCCAGACGAAGAGAUGGACACCAGCUCCUGGGCACCCUGCUUUGUCAUCGGAUGGGGUGUGACCAGAAACGAGAAGCGACCGGCCAUCCUGCAGGAGGUGGAGGUGGAGCUGAUCGACUGGCAGCACUGCCAGAAGUGGGCGCCCGGGAUCACCGAGAACAUGGUGUGCGCCGGCUUCGAGGAAGGCGGGAGAGACGCCUGCCAGGGUGACAGUGGCGGUCCGUUGAUGUGCCAGGGUCCAAACUCGGAAUCGUGGAUACAGAUCGGGAUUGUGAGCUGGGGGAGCGGCUGUGGAGAGUCCCGAAGCCCAGGGGUAUACACGCUGCUGUCAAAGUACGUCGACUGGAUCAAGAACUCGACCUCUGAGGCGGGUAAACCUUACACCCCCAGGCGGGAAAACACAAACAAGCCAUCGAGAGAAGAAUCGGACCCAAACUCUACACCCGAGCUCAUGGCGAUCUUCAGAAGGGAGAUGAAUCAGAGUGUGGCUGAAUCUUUCACCAUCUCAGGAAGCUGUCGAAUAAGAGCCUUCCUCUCAAUGAUUACAGUUACCUGGAGAAUUCUGAUCUACAUGAUUGAUGAAUAA